UUGUCAACCUUUACAAACAAUCCACUAGGAGCUUAUUGUCACCGACGCCGGGAAGCCUUUAAACAAAACAAGUACAGACAUAUGGACGUGUGCCUUCCAGGACUCGAACUUUUGGUAGUACUACAUGGAUUUGGUUCCAUGCCUCAGACUUCGCUCGAGAACUGUGUUGGGCUUGUUGAAAGGACACUCGGGGUGUUGUCAGAAAAGGAGCGGAUCGAACAGGCACUUAUCAUGCGAGGUCUUGGGUCUGAUCCACCGCCAAACUAUAAUGUCGAGCGUGCAGUUCUGUUGUUGAUCAUGGCUACAGUUCUUAAUGCAUUAGGCAAUCACAAGGAAAGCAUGGUUCAUCUCGAUUGUAUCCUAGGGAACAAGGAUCAUGCCAAGUCCGAAGGGUGGAUAGUUCCGUUGGCUUACUGGGAGGCAGGUGUUGUAAGUUGGGGGCUCGGUGAUCGCACCAAAAGUCGAGAGUUGUGGCAAUCGGCAUUAGGCUGCACAGACUAUGACUUUGAAUAUGCAACGGUUGUGCUGCUUGGGCUUGCAUUGGAUAAACACAAUGAUGUUUUCCGAUAGUUUAAUUCCUUUAUUUUCUUAUAUUGGUUUAUUCUUGGUCUGGUACAAAGGCAUCUAUUUUACUAAAGAAAAGAAAAAUUAUUAAAAGUUCUUAUUGGCAUCGUU